AUGGCACCCAUCUUUAUUAAGGGCCUCGGUGCCCUCAUUGCUUUAAGUGCUGUGAGCACCAACUCUGCAGCAGCAGCAGGAAGUGGGAACAGCAACAGGAACCAACUUGGUGCUGCUUCUCGUCCUUUCGGCUUAAGAGGGUCUCUCUUGACCAUAGGCAAUGAUGGCCGUCUUAACAGCAGCAAUAUUGGCAGCAGUGAUAGCAGCAGCAGCAGCAGUGGUGGAGAGCUUGCUGGCCUUGACGAAUCUGCUACCAUCGAGCUUGCUGCCGUAGCUCUAUCAAGCAUAAACACCUUUUGGCUGUCUCUGUCUCCUGCAGCACGUGACGAGCUGCUCAGUGAGGUGAUAACCAGCACCACCACCACCACUGAGGAGGAGACAGAGGAAGUAGAUGAUGGAAACAGACUGUCAUCUGUAGGCAGCAGCGGAAGCAGCAACAGCAGCAGACCCGCACUCGGCCGCCUUCCACAACUAAGUGGACUGUUGGGUAACAGAAACCGCAACAGAACAGCAGAAGACGCCGCUCUUCUCCGUGUGCUGCAGCGCUUAGACGACAACGGCAACGGCAGCCACAGCCACAUCAACGGCAACGGCAGCGGCAACCGCCUCAGCAUCAGCAGCACCAGCACCAUCAGUCCCUUACAGGACGACAUAAGCAACAGCAGCACAUUAGCAGCUUCUGAUCUCGAUAUAUCUUCAACUGCAGCAGUAGAUCUCCUGAAGUCUACUCUCCCAGCAGAACUCGCCAGCAGCAGCAGCAGCAGCAGCAGCUUAAGCAGCAGCGACUCUGAUGAUCUGUCACCCGAGUUGGUCGAGUUGGCUAUAAUUCAGGAGAGCAGCAGCAACGGUAGUGAGGAAAAUGCAUUAGAGAAGCUGCAGCAGCAGCUUGGAGAUUUGGAUAUAAAUGAAGGAGAAGUAAUUCUUGCCUUCAGAGCAUUCGUCCGUCGCUACAAGGAUUAUCUGCAGCAGUUCGACCAUCAGCUGCAGCAGUACGUACAGAGUGGCGCCUUCGAGCAGCAACUGCAGCAGCUUAGAGAUGCUAUUCAGCAGUACGAAAGAAAACAUGCAGCAGCUAUUGCCAACAGCAGCAGCAGCGACGAUAUCAGCAGCAGCAGCAGCAACGAUAUCAGCAGCAGCAGCAGCAACGAUAUCAGCAGCGACAGGAGCGACAUCAGCAACAGCAGCGAUAUCAGCAACAGCAGCGAUAUCAGCAACAGCAGCAAUGACAGCAUCAGCAGCAAUGCUGACAGCAUUAGCAGCAGCAGCAACGGAAGCAUCAGCAGCAGCAAUGGCAACCUCCGCAACAGCAACGGAAAUGGCAACCUCCGCAACGGCAGUGGAAUUAGCAGCAGCAAUGGUAGCCUACGCAACGGUAACGGUGCCAGCAUCAGCCAUGAGGAAAUAGCAGAGAAAAAAGAAAAAGAAGAAAAAGAAGAAAAAGAAGAAGAAGAUGAUGAUGAUGUUGAAGGACAAGGAAUAAAAGAAAGCAGAGAGGAAAGAGAAAAAGAAAAAAUUGAGAAGAAAGAAGACAGCAGCAGCAACGGCAGCAGCAGCUCUUCUACCUCCACCGCUGCACCAGGAGAAGCCUCAACUCGUGAGGGAGAGCAUCUCAGCAGCAGCAGCAGCACUGAAGCCGCAGGCAACAGCAGCAGCACUGCAGCAGCAGGUGACCACCUCAGCAGCAGCAGCACGCAGGCACCCCGCCGCCGCCUCAGCGCUGUAGACGAGGACGAGGAGGAGGAAGAAAGGAGAAGCAGCAGCAGCACUACCACUGCAGCACCAGAGGAACUGUCCAGCACUCUUGCUGGCAUCCUCCGCAUCAGCAGCACAGAAGCAGCUGACCUACACCGCAGCAGCACAGAAGCAGCUGACCUACACCGCAGCAGCAGCACUGCAGCUGACAAGCUCAGCAGCAGCAGCAGCACUGCAGCAGAACACCGCAGUCUUGGAGAAGAAGAGGAGGAGGAGAGCAGCAGCAGCAGCUCUACUUCAACAGCAGCACCAGUUGAAUCUUCUUCAACUCUGCCUCUGCCUUGCUUCCUCCGCAGAAGCAGCACGGAAGCAGCCGAGAAGCUCAGCAGCAGCAGCACUGAAGCAGCCGACAAGCUCAGCAGCAGCAGCAGCACUGCAGCAGAACACCGCAGCCUUGGAGAAGAAGAGAAGGAGAGCAGCAGCAGCAGCAGCACUGCAGCACCCGAGAAGGAGGGCAUCAGCACAACCUCCACUAUUGCACCCAACUUCCUUGACUUCAACCGCACAGAGGAAGGAGAGCACGAGGGCAGCAGCAGCACUGCAGCAGCCGACAAGCUCAGCAGCAGCAGCAGCACUGCAGCAGCACGCCGCGUCCUCGGAGAAGAGAAGGAGAGCAGCAGCAGCAGCAGCAGCACUGUAGCACCCGAGAAGGAGGGCAUCAGCACAACCUCCACUAUUGCACCCAACUUCAUUGACUUCAACCGCACAGAGGAAGGAGAGCACGAGAGCAGCAGCAGCAGCACUGCAGCAGCCGACAAGCUCAGCAGCAGCAGCAGCACUGCAGCAGAACACCGCAGCCUUGGAGAAGAAGAGGAGAGCAGCAGCAGCAGCAGCAGCACUGCAGCACCCGAGAAGGAGGGCAUCAGCACAACCUCCACUAUUGCACCCAACUUCCUUGACUUCAACCGCACAGAGGAAGGAGAGCACGAGGGCAGCAGCAGCACUGCAGCAGCUGAGCACAGCAGCAGCAGCAGCACUGCAGCAGCACGCCGCAAUCUGCGCGUCGAAUCUGACGUGACCAGCAGCAGCAGCUCUACCUCAACAGCAGCACCUGGGGAGUUCUCUACUCUUGCUGCUAUUAUCCACAGCAGCACUGAAGCCGCUGACCACCUCAGCAGCAGCAGCAGCACCAAGGCCGCUGAGCACAGCAGCAGCAGCAGCAGCAGCAGCAGCAGCACCAUCGCCGCCUAA